ACCCCAGUGUGCAGCGGCCAUGAGUCGUGCACGUUGGUGCGCGUUUCGAUGCAUUACAGUGCAUUAGUUCGAUUCGUUCGUGAUGUAGUGUGCGUGAAAUUCUAUGUCAUAGGUGUCGAUUUAUGUUCAACUAAAAGCAGAGUUUAGUUCGAAACUCGAAUUGCAUCAUCUUCCUAACACACGAGAAAUAGAAGGGGAGAAUAAUGUGGAAAUCCGUAGCUCGUGGAAUCCGAGAGACGUUGGAGCGACGUGUCUGUCGUACCAACGUUUACUCGCAGUCGUCACAGGAUAACGCGAAAAAUGAAAUCAAAACAAAUUUGACGUGCCAGCAGAAAUUUCUUCCGCCGGUUUUUGUCACUUGUGAUAAGGGCUUUUGCGGAUCGGCAAAGAGCGCCGGUACGAAAGAUAAAGAGCACUAUUCCGAGUGGAAGGCCAAACACAGUUGGACAGAGGCUUUUGGCUGGUCCAGCGCCUUAGCAGCCGGAUGGGUCGUAUGCCAAACGCUUUGCCUCCAUAAAAGAUUCUUUAACAGAGACAGUAAGGAGACCUUAAGGAAUAAAUUAUUUAACUAUGUUGGAGUCUCCCAGAUACUUGCACAAAUAUCAAAUAUACAAGCGAGACAUGUCUUGCCGGUUACCAACUGCAUUGGCAAGAAAAGCAGUAAAAAAUCCAGCUGGCAGGAUUCAAGCUCGCAAUGGAACGCGGAAGAACCAUUUGGUCCUAUCACCCUUGAAGAGGAAUUGAAGAAGGUUGCCGAUGAUUUUGCAAACACCCAUAAAAUAGUCGUAGCAGAGUACGAAUUACAUCACGGUAUAAAAGCAUUAGAGGAAAAACGUCAUAAAGAUGCUUUAAUGCACUUUAUCGCGGGUGCUAAAGUGUCGUCUCCUGAAAGUAUGUUCAACUUAGGUCUAUGUUAUGAAUUAGGUAUCGGAACUGUAGCAGACCAAAGUGAGGCUGCAAAACAUUACAAUGAUGCCGCGGCGCAUGAUCAUGCUGAUGCAUUGUAUAACUUGGGAGUUUUCCACGCUCAAGGAAGAGGCGGUUUACCAAUCAAUAUCGAUAUCGCGCGCACUUAUUUCACCAGAGCGGCGAAAUUGGGUCAGGUGCAAGCGGGACACGCGCUUGAUCUAGAAAAAGCUGAGAACUUGAAAAAGAAUAUCACCAUCAUGCCAGACACGUGUUCAAAAGAUGCAGAUUUAACCAAGAACAAGGCGGGUUACACGCGUGUUAAGUUAACUGAUUACACGCCAAGUACAAAUACCGAGCACACGCAAAGCGCGAACUUUGCAAAGUCCAAAACGUGCGAAAUGGCAGAAUAUAACGAAAAAAUGGUCGAAGACGCCACUCAAGUAUUUUUAGAUUUUCUUGGGCUAAGAGAGUCUAGUCAAGCACCCAUUAUGAUAGCUACCAGCGAUUGCCGUGUGCCAUGUUAGAGUAUAAAAAUACUUUUGUUAUGCUAGCGUAAGAGAGACCGGUAAGAUAGAAGUCACGUUGUACAGUCACAUGGACGGUGCAAGUGUGCCAAUUUCUUGAAAGCUUUUUGUACAGCGCAUGACAAAUCAUUCUUUUUUGUCUGCGUAUUUUUAUAGGGAUACGUAUUAUAUUUUAUCAUAUUUUAUAGGAGCACGUAUUAUGCGAACGAGUAAUAUCGAUAUAAAUAUUUGCUCAAUUUAUACCUCGUUUAAAUUCUCUGCCGUAGGUGAGAGUUCCAUAUUCGUGCACGUUAUGUUAUUUGAUUCUCAUUCGCAUUAUUAGAAACAAGUUUACAUGUAAUUGCGCAAGUACAUACGUGCCUGUGUAAGUUUUUCUCAUUUACUUAAAACAUUCUUCAUUGUAUCAUUAUGAUAUACGCAUGCAUGAUAUAUACUCCCGACAUAUGUAUCAAUAAGUGAUCUAAACGAAAAUUUUUCGAACUUUGCACCUGUAAAUAAUAACGUAAAAUUCAUGAUUUUUUAAGUUAAAACAUGACUGUGAUGCCCAGAUGAAAGGAUUAUAUGUAAAAUUAACGGUAGUAUUGAGACGUAAAGUUUGGUUGUUGCAUGUCCUUGCUUUCGAAAUUGUAAUACAGAUUAUAAUUAGUGUUUUUGUUAAAUGUAUACUUUAUCAAGUUCUUAUAUUAAAAAAUCUCAUUUUAUCAAUCAAGUAUUAGAUUUAAGAUUUUGUGACAAGUGAUUUGACACAAAUAAUGAUAAUGAUUGAUCUGUAUGUGCGUCGUGCGCAAGGUGCAUGUACACAUAGCGUAUAUAAUACGUAGUACAGAAAUAAAGAUUUAUUUUUUUAA